AUGUUAUCCAUAGGGUCUAUCUGCUCUUUCUUUUAUAUUAACUGUGUUUUGCUGUUCACCCUGAGGAGUAAGCAGGUGUUUUGUGAGACAUCCAGAUAUAUCCUUCUGUUCAACCUGAUCUUUGCAGACACUGCUCACCUCGUAUUCAACCUUCUGCUUUACAUAAUGUCUUUUUACCGGAUAAAAGUUUCAUAUUAUGCGUGUGGUAUAUUCGUCCUUCUCUCAGUUUUCUCUCAGUUGAUCUCUCCUCUCACACUUGCUGUGAUGUCACUUGAGAGAUAUGUGGCUGUGUGCCAUCCACUGAGGCAUGCUACCAUCUUCACAGUGAGGAGCACAGGCACAGCCAUUGCUGUGGUGGGGACCGUCAGUUUCAUCCACAUCCUCAUUCGAGUUUUCAUGUUGGUUUAUGUGUUUACAACAAUCUCUGUGAAUCUGCAAAUUAAUGACUUUUGCUCUAAAGAAGCAAUGUUUUUCGCACCAAUCUUUGAUGAAUUUGAAAAAGCGUAUGCCAGCACUCUCUUUCUGUCAGUGGGUGUAGCAAUCAUCGGCUCCUACAUUGGUGUCGCGCUAGUAGCCAGGUCUGCCUCAACAAACAAAGAGUCAGCCAAAAAGGCUCUUCAAACGCUUCUGCUUCACCUGAUUCAGCUAACCCUGGUUCUCACCUCCUCCUUGUUCUCCACCAUCAUUAUAGCCAUAGCCAGAACUGUGAAUAGAUCUGCCCUUUUACGGGUUUACAAUAUAUGCUUUGUGUUCUUGAGUGUCCUUCCAAGGUGUCUGAGUACUCUCAUCUAUGGGCUCAGGGAUCAAACAAUCAGACCCGUCCUCUUGCUAAAUCUGUGCUGUCGGUAUAGAUGCCGCUGA